AUGUUGUCUUCGUCCAGAGGUCUCAGGGUCGUGAGUUCUAGAGCCGCCGGCUCGGUCAGAACUUUUGCCGUCUCGGCCGUUAGAACCAACAGUCCAUUACCUUCGACUCCAGAAAUGAAAAGCGAAAAGUCGUGGGUCAACAACGAAGAAAACACUAUUACCAGAGACGUGGUUGGAUUGGCCAGGUCCAUACAAGAAAGCACACAACCUCCAUUGGAUAUCAGCUCUCAGUUCACCAGAAGAUUCACUUUUGGAGAAAAUUACGAUCCAUUUGACUUCUCCAACAACAAGUUGGACAUGGAAAAGAAACACAAUUACGCUAGGAACAAGCAGAUAGCCGAUCCAUUCGAAACAACUGGAAUCAACCCAAGCACUUUAUACUUGAUGCCCGAAAUCUUGUCGAGAUUUUUGACGUCUACCGGACAAAUCUUACCUAGAAGCAUAACAGGCUGUAGUGCCAAAAACCAGAAGUUGUUGUCCGAUGCCAUCAGAACCGCCAGAUGCUGCGGAUUGUUAUCGGCUACUCACAAGCACUCAAGAUAUCUUCCAUCCCGUAACUUAUGA